AUGCCUUCCACUCUCCGAUUUCGCUCACCAUACCGAGGCGAGAAAAACGCACUGGUCGUUCCGCGGACCCCCAAGUCGCCUCGUGGGGAAUACACCGGAGCGCCUGUACCCGCGGAAAGCUCUACAUCGAGGCGAAACCAAUUGAAGAUUGUCUUUGGCGUCCUCCUCGUGGCGGCAGCCCUCUCAUUCACUCUCUUCAGCUAUCGGCACAAGCUCGUACCUACAUUCCCAACAGCGCCGUCUGCGUUCUGGAAGACGAACGGCGCCACACCUGCGACCUCGAGAGUCAAGAUAUUCGCUCCAUCGUUUGGCGAGCUCCCAUCAGUGUUUGCGGACAGGUAUGAGUUCCAGCUUCAGGGGGCGAAGGGCGAUCGUGCGUGGCUCCGCAUGUUCCCAAAGGGCGACGGGAGGAUAUCUGUCCAGCACCCGAGGAGAUACGGCCUGCCAUUGAGCGCCGCUGCGGUUGAUGGAGACGGACGCCCGGUUUCUGAUACCGAGAUAUACGACGUUGCUGUCGUGAGACAGUUGGAGUGUCUGGCAUUCAUCCGCCAGAUCCUGAUCGACUACGACCACGAAGAACACCCUCACGUCCACGAGAAAGCCCACGUCUUUCACUGUCUCGACCACGUCCGACAAGCCCUCCUCUGCGCCGCGGACACGACGCUGGAACCCACCCGCGACGGCGGCGCGGUGUCUUCUCCACAGAGCCCGCACCACUACGUGGGCCAUCAGAAGACGGUGGCCGAUCGUGCGGGCGGAUUGCAGAGCGCUGUACAUAUGUGCAAGAACUGGACGGCCGUCAGAACGUGGAUUGAAGAGAACAGGGUAGAGGGGAGUCAGUGA